AUGGUGGCGGGCGGAGCCGUGCGGCUGCUGCCGCUCCCGCGCCCCCUCCUCGGGCGGGCCGCCGGGGCGAGGGGGGUGCUGUCCGGUUGGGCGACCGCGGGGCGCGGCGGGUUGCGUGCCGGACGCUGGGUCGCGGUGGCCUUGGCGGUGCCCGCUGGGACCGGUUGGAAGGAGAGGCCGGGACAGCGGGGGCCGGUAUGGGUAGGGGAGCGCAGCCCGGAACGGCCGCCUCGGGGGCUGCUGCGGCGCUUGGGUCUGGUGCUCCGGUUGGGUCUGCGGGCCUGCGGGUUGCUGCUGCGCUUCGGCCCCCUGCUGCUGCUCUCCCCGCUGAGCCGCCUGUGGCCCGGCCUGGGCGCCCUGUGGCUGCGGCUGCUGCGGCGGGCGGCCGAGGCUGCUGGCCCCACCUGUGUCAAGCUGGGCCAGUGGGCCAGCACCCGGAGGGACCUCUUCUCCGAGGCCUUCUGCGAUGAGUUUUCCAAGCUGCAUGUUGAGGUGAGCCCGCACCCGUGGGGCCACACUGAUGAUCUCCUGAGGAAGGCCUUCGGCGAGGACUGGACAGGCAUACUCAAGUUCCAAAGUCAGGAGCCAGUCGGCUCAGGCUGCGUCGCCCAGGUGUAUAAAGCCUAUGCGGACGUCACGGCUAUCGCUGGCUCCCAGGCCAAGGAGCUAGCGCAACGCUCAGAGUUACGGUCUGCUUUUGAAGCGUGGGAAGUGUCAGGCUUUAGUGGCCUUCUCAGGUGGCUGAGGAGGAGGAAGAGCAAGGAGACACAAGAUGAGAGGAGCAGGGAGGAGCUGAGCCCAGCAGACAGCUCCCAGGGAAGUCCUGUCAGUGGGAUACCCCUUAUGGAGCAGAUGGCCAAACCACUCCUGAAUGCAAAUCCUUCAUCAUCCAGACAUCUCAUACCUGUAGCCAUUAAAGUCCUGCACCCUGGGCUAGUCCACCAAGUCCAGAUGGAUCUGUUUCUCAUGAAGAUGGGUAGCCACCUCAUUGGACUUCUCCCUGGAUUCAAGUGGCUCAGUUUGACAGAGAUUGUGGAGGAGUUUGAGAAGCUUAUGAUUCAGCAGAUUGACUUGCGCUAUGAAGCCAGAAAUCUGGAGCGCUUCCGACAAAAUUUCCUAGAUGUCGAUUUUGUAAAAUUUCCAACUCCCCUUCGGCCUUUGGUAACGACAGAUGUUCUAGUGGAAACAUUUGAGGAGAGUGAGCCUAUUUCGCACUACCUGCAUGCAGAGAUUGCCACAGAGCUGAGGCAGAGACUUGCAAAGAUGGGCAUGGACAUGCUGCUAAAAAUGGUCUUUGUUGACAACUUUGUCCAUGCUGACUUGCACCCUGGGAACAUCCUGGUUCAAGGCACGGCCCAUGUCAGCACCAGCUGCAAGGAGCAGACUGCCAUCGUGGACCUGUGUGACACGCUCGUGGUGGAAGUGCAGCCACCCCUGAGGCAGCUCUGCCUGGUGCUGCUGGACGCAGGGAUAGUGGCGGAGCUGCAGAGCGCCGACAUGCAGAACUUCCGUGCGGUUUUCACAGCUGUGGUCCAGGGCCAGGGGGAGAGAGUGGCAGAACUGAUCCUUCAUCACGCCCGUGCUAACCAAUGCCAGGACAUCGAGCGAUUCAAAGCUGAGAUGGCAGAACUAGUGACCAAGGUCCGGGGGAACACCAUUGCCCUAGGAAAGCUUCAGGUGGCAAAUCUCCUCUCCAAUGUCUUUAAACUGUUGAUGACCCAUAAGGUGAAGCUCGAGAGCAAUUUUGCUUCCAUCAUUUUUGCCAUCAUGGUUCUGGAAGGUCUUGGUCGUUCACUGGACCCUGAACUGGACAUCCUAGAGGCAGCUAAACCACUGCUCAUCAAAACUGCAGCUUCUGUCCUUGAAUAG